GGUAGUCAGACUUACAAAUACAUAAUUUCAACUUCUUAUAACGCAUUUAAUCACUUAAUAUAACUAUAUUUUAUGAUUAUUAGCAAAGUAAUUAAUAAUUAUUAUUUUUUUAUUUUAUGAAAAGUGUCUGUCAAACAUAAUGGUAUUUCUAAACAUUAACAACUAUCUUUUACCAAUAAAAGUGCAUUAUUUUCUUUUUGAUGCAGGUAAUUCUCCUAUCAACCCGUUCUUGUCGACUAUUGCAAAACAACGAGGCUAUUCUUCAUCAAUUGUUGGUGACAUUAUAACGUUUUUUAUGUUAUUAAAUGUAGUGGUAAAACCACUCACCGGCUUCGUUACUGAUAAAUGGAAAUGUCGGAAAACAGUAUUUUUAGGUGCAAUAUUACUCAACGGAUUAAUAACACCCACUUUGUACUUCAUACCUGAUGCAACGUCCACAACGGGUGAAAUACCUAACUCGGAAGUAUUUUGUUCCUGGUCGUUUUGGCUGUUCACAACAAUAGUCAUACUAAGGAUGAUGCUUUUUAUGAUUGGUGAAGUUCUUCAGGAAACGAUCUGUAUGCAAAUUCUAGACGGAGAUACGAAAAAAUUUGGAGAACAAAGACUAUGGGGAGCCGUUGGAUGGGGUGUUACGUCAAUUAUAGCGGGAAGUAUAAUUGACUGGUACAGCAAGGGCCAAGAACAUAAAAACCAUCUACCAGGAUAUUUGCUUUCAAUGAUCAUAUUUUUCGUUGAUUUUAUGGUAGCACGAAAAUUAAAGGUACCCGAAAGCGAUGGAUCAACAGAAAAUAUCCUUAAAGAUGUCAAAAAAGUAAUAAAUAGCGCCAAAGUAUGCGUGUUUCUAGUUUGGGCAGUAGCCGGUGGUAUUUUUUGCGCGUACAUUUGGUUUUACUUUAUCUGGUACGUUGAUGAUUUAGCAACUAUUUACCAUCCAGAACGAAAGUCUGUGUUGCAUACAAUCAAAGGGCUAUCCCUUACGAUCGAAUGUUUAGGAGGCGAAGUUCCGUUUUUUUAUUUAUCUGGUUACCUCCUUAAACAUACUGGUCAUAUGAAUGGAUUCUCAUUAUCAUUUGCUUUGUUUGCAUGUCGAUUUUUAUUAUACUCCGUCAUAAGAGAUCCGUUAUGGGUGCUGCCAGUGGAAACAUUAAAUGGUGUUACAUUUGGAUUGAGUUACAUCGCAGGAGUGUCUUAUGCUGCAAAAAUAGCUCCAACUGGAAGUGAAGGUACACUUCAAGGACUUUUUUCUAUGGCAUUUCAUGGAUUUGGAGCGUCUUUAGGAGCAGCAAUUGCCGGUUAUACAUUUGACAACCUGGGUAGCAUUAUGGCGUUUAGACUAAUCGGAAUAAUUGCAAUUAUUACAUGCAUUAUUCAAAUUAUUAUAAAUUAUUUUAUUAAUAAAAAUAAAAAACCAAAUCAAUAGAAAAAUUAAAUGGUUAUUUAGAUUUGCAUUAUACAAAACGUU